AGGAGCCCAUCUCAGGGUGCAGGAUCUGGCCGUGCCCCAGCCCUCUGCCAGCCUCCCCUGAAAAUGCCGAGGACUUCACAGCCCCUUUCGCUCCUGGUCCUGCUCGUCCUCGCCGCCACUGCCCGGGGACAGGCCGGCACCGGCCCCAAGGAGCUGCAGCCCUGGCUCGUCAGCCUCACGGCCGUUGUCGUCUUCCUCUUCAUCGUCUUUGUGGUCCUGCUCAUCAACCGGCUCUGGCAGAUCAGGAUGCGCAGGAAGCAUGGCGGCCUCCAGGAGACCCAGGGGACUGAGAGGCUGGAGCACGCUGGCUGCGCCAACCCGGCGGCCGAGAAGGACAGCGACGAGGAGAGCGACGGCGAGGAGCAGAGCAAGGCCACGUCCCUCUGA